UACUAAUGUGCAAAAAUAUAUUUUGACUGCAGAUGUCCGACGGACGGACUGACAACCCUAGUGUCGGAUUGCUUGUCUAUCGAUAAAUGGACAAUCCUGCUGUUGCGUCGAUUGACGGGCAGCGCAAAGCAGCGAAGUGGACUGUGGCAGCGACGCCGGCAGAACAGAGUCCAAUCGCGGUCACACUGGCGAGCAGAGCAGAAAAGCUGCUGUGUGGCGGAAAAACAAUAAACGACACAAUAAGAAAUAUAAUCAAAUAUAAACAAAGAGCAGAAGAGGAACAAUAUAAUAUGCAAAAUAAUAACAAUUAAAAACCGCAUCACCAGCACACAAACGCACUGAAGCCCAAAGAGAGGAGCAGCCGAAAAGUAUGCAGCAAAAAUGUGAAUAACUACUACCAAAAAAGAGGAAACGACAACAACAACAAAGCAGCAGCAUCAUCACACACACACUCUGUUGUUGUUAUAUAAGUGUGUGUGAGUGUGCGGGUGUGUGUGCGUGCGUAGUAGUAAAAAUGUAGCAAAACAACAACUACAACACAACAAAAAAAACCCCAGAAAAAAAUGAGACAACGAAUCUAAGAAAAUUUUGAUACCACAGUUUUUGUUAACAAAAAAUCGGAAGAAGAAGAAGGAGGAGAGAAACAAAAGGAAAAGUAGGAAAAAAACACAAAAGAAAAGCUAAAGGAAACAAGCAGCUGGCAGAGAGAGAGAAACAAUUUGCCCCAAGAAAUAUACCACAAAAAAUAAAAAGAAACGAGAGCGAGAGAGAGAGUGUCCAUCAUCCACCAAUACAAAUGAACAUGCUACACAGUUUCAGCGGCGGCGGCGCCAGCAGCGCUGCCAACGCCACAGGCGACGCCAGCAGCGCGGAGAUUGAACUGAAAGAGCGGCUAAUAGCCAGCGUGAAGAAAGAGGUGAAGCAGCUGAUGGAGGAGGCGGUGACCAAGAAGUAUGUCCACGAAGAGAGCAGCUCAGUGACCUCGCUUUGCGGCGCUGUGGAGGCUUGCCUGAGUCAUGGCCUACGCCGGAGGGCUCUGGGAUUGUUCAAGACCUCCUCGACCACGGCGCUGAUCCAAAAGAUAGCCAAGAUCUGCCCAGAGGCGGACUACGUUAGCCGGCGACUUCUCGAACUGGAACUCGCCCAGGAGUCGCAUGCGGUGAGCGGCAAGCGAUCCUCCUCCAGCAGCGACAGCAUUAUCAAGCCAAAACUAUUGAGCAAAGGCAGUGGUAGCAGCAGCUCUGUGACCACCAUCAACACGGUAUCCAACGGGGCGGGAACGGGCUCCGGAGGCGGGGCUAUUGCCCCACUUGGCAAGUACCUGUGGAUCCGUCUGGCCCUGCAUGAGAAACGACUGGCCAAGAUAAUCGAGCAUUUGGUGAGCAAUGCCAGCAACUACUACGAUCGCGAGGCGCUGGUCGCCGAUCCGGACUACGGCUCCAUUCUGAGCUCCCUGCUGGUGGGUCCUUGUGCGCUCGAGUUCACCCGGGCCAAGACUGCCGACCACUACUGGUCCGAUCCCUGUGCCGAUGAGCUGGUGCAACGACACAGGAUCAGCUCAGGCAACCGGACACCGCCCACCACCCACCGGCCCAUCAUAAACUUCAAGCGCAGCCUGCACACCAGUUCGGAGGACACGAGCAGUGGCUCCUUCAAGGCCUGCUCGCCGGCGAGUGUGGCCAAAGACUAUGUGGAGUCGCUACAUCAGAACUCCCGCACCACGCUGCUCUACGGAAAGAACAACGUACUGGUCCUGCCCAAGGAUGUUUCGGAACCUAUGCCAGGAUACCUUAGCCUGCACCAGAGUAUCCAGUCUCUGACGAUCAAGUGGACACCCAACCAGCUGAUGAAUGGCUAUAAUGACGGCGAUGGCGGCGACAAGAGCUUCUAUUGGAGCUACGCCCUGAAUAUCAACGUGGACGAGAUCGUCUAUGUGCACUGCCACCAGAAUCGUGGCGGAGACACUGGUGGCACCAUUAUCCUGGUGGGUCAGGAUGGCGUCCAGCGACCGCCCAUUCAUUUCCCCGAGGGCGGACACCUACAGGCUUUUCUCAGCUGCUUGGAAACGGGUCUUCUGCCACAUGGCCAAUUGGAUCCGCCCUUGUGGUCGCAGCGGGGCAUUGGCAAGUUGUUCCCUUGGCCAAAGAGUGUGCGGAGACACAUCCUGCCCUCGGUGAUGGAGGCCGGAGGCUCUGUGGUCGACGAGACCCCCAUCGACUAUGUGUUCCGAGUGGUCAGCAAAUGUCAGCACGAGGAGUUCUUGGCCAGUCAUCCCAUCCUAGAGUUGGGGCGAUCGAGUCCGCGGAGGAAGCACCUGGGCAGCUGUUCCACCACCGGCAGUAGCGACUGCUCCAGCAAGAGCCUCUCCAUCGACCAGAGCAGCUGCGAAACGCCACUGAUCCAGGCCAGCCAGAGCACCAGUAUCGAACUGGUCUGCUCCACGAUGCGCAGGCAGAUCAUCUCGAGGGCCUUCUACGGCUGGCUGGCCUACUGCCGCCACCUCUCCACGGUGCGCACUCAUCUCUCCGGCCUGGUCAACGGUCGCAUCAUGCCUGAUCUGGCUGCGGAUGAGGAGGGUCUGUCCCGGGAAAAGUGGUUGGCUAUGCACGAGGAUGGCGUUGUCACCGGUGAACUGGAGCUCUAUCGCCUGGUGUAUUUUGGCGGCGUGGAACCCGAUCUGCGCAAGGAUGUGUGGCCCUAUCUGCUGGGGCACUAUGCCUUUGGCUCGACGCCAGAGGAACGGAAAAAGCAGGACGAGACUUGCAAGCACUACUACGAGACGACGAUGAGCGAAUGGCUGGCCGUGGAGGCCAUCGUCCGUCAGCGGGAGAAGGAGAAAACGGCUUUGGCCGUGGCCAAAUUGAGUGCCGAGCAGGCUCGCCUGGCGGCCAAUGCUUCGAACUCGACGAAUCCCCAACAGAAACUCACCAACGGCGUUCGCCAAAUGGAAUUGGAGCAAAGGAAUGGCGAAGAGGAUCAGGAUGAGGAACAUUUGAUCUUGGAUGAGGGAGAGAACGAUGUAUUCGAUGACAAUGACUUUUCGGAUAUAUCUGAUCCAGGAGACUUGUUCGACGAAGCGGAAUUGGGCCAGGAAGCCGAAGAGCAGGAGCAAAAUAAUCCAGAGGAGGAGGAGGAGGUCUUGGCAAAGCAGGAUGAGCAGGAGGAACGCGAAAUUCCGCAACUCAGCGAGCAACUGGUCCUGGAGUUCCAGAACAUCGAUAACAUGGAACCGCUGCGUCUCCAGGAGAACUGUUUCGCUGAUUCCGAGACGGAGAAUGAUCUGGGAUUGGGUCUGGAUGGCAGCGGCAAUAUCCUGAUGCUGAGCAUCAAGAGUUCCCCCUCGACGAGCAGCUACGAGACGGUGGGCAACGAGUUCGUGGACAUGGUGGAGGCCAAGCUGGAGGAGGAAGAGCCUCCAGGACAGCUCAGCAAGUUCCACAGCGCCGACGAUGUGAGGUUGGACAACCAGGAAGAGGAGGAGACAUCGCAGCCGGCCACUGCGGUGAUAAUAACAGAGGCGGCUUCGCUGGACGCUCUGGACGACGAUCCCACCGAGGAGUUUACCUCAAGAAAAACCAGCCUGAUGUCACCCCUCAACGAGGAUAUCACGGUGGUCGCAUCGCUGGAUGCUCUGCAGGAGCCCAAGUCUGCCUGCGUCUCGCCAGCCAGCUCCAAUGGUGGUGUCUACAGUGUGGAGCUCCUGGAGCAGUUCGGCCUGAAUCUCCACCGGAUCGAGAAGGAUGUGCAGCGGUGCGACAGGAACUACUGGUACUUUGCGAAUGAAAACCUAGACAAGUUGAGGAAUGUGAUUUCCACGUACGUGUGGGAGCACCUGGACGUGGGCUACAUGCAGGGCAUGUGCGACCUGGUGGCUCCCCUCCUGGUCAUCUUCGACGACGAGUCGCUCAGCUACAGCUGCUUCUGCAAGCUCAUGGAGCGCAUGAUCGAGAACUUCCCCAGUGGCGGAGCCAUGGACAUGCACUUUGCCAACAUGAGAUCCCUCAUCCAGAUCCUGGACUCAGAGAUGUACGAUCUGAUGGACUCGAAUGGCGACUACACGCACUUCUACUUCUGCUACCGGUGGUUCCUGCUGGACUUCAAGAGGGAACUCGUCUACGACGACGUCUUCGCCACCUGGGAGGUGAUCUGGGCGGCCAAGCACAUUGCCUCCGGCCACUUCGUCCUCUUUCUGGCCCUGGCCCUGCUGGAGACCUAUCGCGACAUCAUCCUCUCAAACAGCAUGGACUUCACCGAUGUCAUCAAGUUCUUCAAUGAAAUGGCGGAGCGUCACAACGCUCAGUCGAUCCUUCAGCUUUCGAGAAACCUCGUUCUCCAGCUUCAGACGAUCAUCGAAAACAAGUAAUCGGUGGGAGAAGGAGAAAGAGAAGGAGCAGGAGAGGAAGAGGGUGAAGAUAUAUGAGAGCCAUCGUCAGUCAUCAGUCAUCCGUCGUCAGUUCCUGGAGACCUCAGUUCCCGAUCAGUAUUGAGCAAGCGAUGUACUAAGUAGCUAGCACCUAGGCCAUAGAAACGUAGAAUCGAAGUUAGAAAGCGCUUAGGGAUUACAUAACCAACCAUAUACCAUAUACCAUAUACCAUAUACCAUAUAUAUAGCAUAUACCAUAUAGCAUACCUAACCCCCGUAGAGAUUGCAAUUAGCUGAGGCUCUUGCUGAGGGUUUUUGGGAGGCUUCCCGUAAUCCGCAAUGGUUUUUUUUUGGAAACGGCUGGGAAUCGCUUAAAGAAAAUUUAACAAAAUUAAGGAAAUUGUAGUGACCUGAAAAAAACAAAAGAAAAUUUGAGAGAAAAUCAAGUGGAAAUCGAACAACGUAAAAGAUAAACUAUUUAUACUUAUACAAUAUACAUGCAUAUAUACCGAUUAUAUUAUAUACAGGCAGUUGCAUAUUUAUACGUUUUGUAUAUUCGAUAGGGAAUCAGGAAGUGGAUCACGUUCAUAUAUGGAUAUUGUAUUAGAUAUCGUCUAUAUAUGGCAAUGCUGUGCGGCUGCGACUGCGGCCAACUGUUGUUAAUGUUAUGUUAUCGAUUUGGCAAAUAAUCAGAUAUAUAUAUAUUAUAUACAUACACCUGUAUCGAAAAGAUGUUCAGGGGCAGGCAUAGAAAGCUCUAGGAGUGAGUGGUUAGCUCUAUGGAAUAAGAUUCUUGAGAUGGGAAAGCGAUUUAAAGUUUUUAUACAAAUGAUAUUACUUAAGAAAUUAUUUUGCAAAACGAGAAACCACUUUGAUAAGAAAAAGCUAAAUUAGGAGAUUUGAAAUCUCCUGAAAUGUCCUUGCUCUGUAUGCAAUGAUUUCAGAAAGUGUCCAGUUUUUCAUGUUAAAAGUUUUAGGAAACUUAAUUUCUCCCUCAAUCUGUGAAGAUUUGUAAGAUUUUUUUAUUAUGACCACUCCAGGAUGUUUCAAAUCUAUUCAGGAGAUUUCAAAUCUCCUAUAAUUCCCAGUGAGUUUUAGCUUCAAAAACUGUAAGCAAUGAAUUCAAAAAGAUUUGAAAUCUCAAGAGCUUUCCAUUGCCUAUAACCUGAACGAAAAAUUGCAAUUGUUCGCUUGGUAGAUAUGGUUUUCUCCUUUAUUUUUGAUUUGUAGCUGCAAGCGUUGAGAGAACAUUUUGUACUCGAGUUGCCGCCCGACAGGUGGAUCCUGGGGCUAUAUCUCCUCAAUAGGUAAAUCGAACAAUUGCCAACACUCACACUCACACUCACAAACACAAAAAACCCAGAAAAAUGUUACGAAAUUGUUGUUGACGGCUGCGAAACGUUGAGUUUGUUUGUAUUAGCAGAAUUAAUAUGCAACCCAAAAAUAUAUAUAUAUAUAGUAUAUAGAGUACGAGUAUGUAUGAAACUAAUAUUUAUACAAAUAUUAACCCAACAUAGUUAUAGAGAACGGAAUGUGUUACCGUUAGCCGUGUAUUGUUAUAAUCGAAACCGAUUCGUUGCUAUUCUCAGGCAAAACUACCUAGUUUCUAUCUGGUUUUUCGUUGUUUUUUGGUAAGUGCAGGCGCACCAAAAAUCCCUCCACUGGGCUUAUAUACAACUUAUAUUAUAUAGAACUAUAUAGAGCAAACACUUUGUGUGGAAACUAACUAAGUUAAUGCGAGUAGCACGCUUUUUGUGUAUGGAAAAAAAAACAAACCACUUGGAAAAUCGAAAAACCAAAAAAAUACUUAAUGUGAUUUCUUGUUGCUUCUUUGAAUAUUGAUAUUUUUGUAAGCGCUAAAACGUAUACAUAUAUACAUAUAUAUAUACACAUAACGAAAGAGAAGGAGACGGCAGGCAACAGAAUGAGAUGGCGAACGAGAGCGAGAGGAGGAUAUAUUUUACACUUGGCUGGGGACAAAGAGGGGGAUAAAGAAAGUCAGUCGAGUCCAACCAAAAUUUUGGCCACACUUUUGAUACAAAUAUUAGACAGAAGAUCUUCUGAUCCACCACUACAAUAAAAAUCGAAAAAAAAAAAAAGAAUUCAAAACCCGAAGAGCAAGGCAGGAACUCUCGCUAUAUAUAUAUAAUAUAUUAUGUAUCGUAAUCAAGCUAAGCUGUUUAUACCCGUCUGUGUAGAGACGCCACCUAUAGAGCCCGAGCAUAUAGAAUAUUACGUUACCCACGAUUGUAACCACAUAUAGCAUACGCAUGAAUAUUACGAAUAUCCUAUGUUCCGAAUGAAUCUACAUGAAGGCCUCAAAAACAAAAAAAAUACCAUAGAUCAAUGUAUAAUUUACCAAAAACAUGUCGACGAUAACAAAAUAAAAGGAAUUAUGUAAAAUGUUUACAAGAAGACAAU